AUGGCUACCCCUAGUGUCCUCGCUUUUGACGCUGAGGGUAGGGCCAUUGACUUUGACGUCUGGAUAGAUGACCUGCAGCUUUUCUUACAGUGCGAUAGGGCAGACGGACUCUCUCUCUUUGACCUCACCUCUGGUGCCUCUCCUGCCCCUGCUGCUGAUGCUGACACCACUGUUCACUCACAGUGGGCCACGCGCGAUGCUGCUGCACGUCUUGCUGUGCGUCGCCACCUUCCUACCUCUGAGCUCACCCGCCUCCCUGACUCCCUUCGCGUAGUCAGGGACCACUUUCUGUCAGUCUGUCCCACCACUCUCACUGUUGACCUCCUCGAGAAGGCCCUCCUCGCAGCGGAGAAGAGCAUAGUCGCUGUAGGGGCCUCUCGUGGUGACCCGCACACCCCCAUCUUUGAGGGGUAUUCCCCCUCCCCUCUUUUACCCUCUGUUGCCUCUACUGCUACGGCCGACCUCGUUGGGGCACUGGAGGAGCUAGCAGGGGCGGUGGAGGUGGAGGUGGAGGCGGCGGGGGGAGUGGGGGUGGCGGUGGGGGUGGAGGUGGAGGUGGGGGAGGAGGUGUCGGCGGUGGCAGUGGAGGCGGAGGCGGCGGCGGCGGUGGCGGUAGAAGCGGAGGUGGCGGAGGUGGCGGAGGUGGAGGAGGUGGAGCAGGGCCUGGCCCUGUAG